AUUGACGGAGAAGGAACCAGUUUUCCAAAAUACUGAAUGUAACAACACUAUCAGCUUGUAAGAUUUACAAUUCUUAUUAUAAAUAUCCAGUUUUUGGUGUCCGUGGGCAUUGGUUAUUUUGGUAAUUGUCGACAUUGUAUGUUCGUAUUAAGUUACUUAAGUGGCCACAACAAACUCUUCGGCGGUCAAAACAAAAUACGCAUGGAAAGUAAUGUUUUGGUAAGAAUUAUUAUAAUCGUUUGCAAAAAUGGGUGAUUUAUUUAAAGAAAAAAGUGCAUGGUUUUCGAACAGUGUCAAAAAGAGAAGAAAAGAAACCUGGGUGCAAGAAGGUGGGAUUUUUGCCGAUAGAAACACAGCUAAAUUUCUAUUUAGUGAAGAUUCCAUGGCAGAAGAUACACAAUGGAUAUUUAGCUCCACUCUUUAUUCAGAUAAUGCCAUAGCAGUUUUUCAUGCCAGUUAUAUAGAUGCUUGCUGCAGAGAAAAGUCUCUGAAUGAUGUUGUUCUUGGAAAAUAUUUUCUACCACCUGCUGAGAUGUAUGAAUUGACUCGAAUGCAAGGUGGAUUUGAGUGGGAGAAGCAACAAGAUAUUCCAACAGAAGAUAACAAAACAGAAGGAACUGACAAUGAGCCAGAUAGAUCAAGCACUCACAAAAGGCAUUCAAGUGAAUGUGUAAAGUGCCUUGAAAGUCGCAAUGCUACUAAACAGAAUUUUCCUCAUAUAGAUGACUUACCAGCAGUGACUGGAGAACUUGUAGAUUUUAUUCCCGGUCAGCAUGGUUUUACUGUGAGGCAUGUUCGAUGAUGUGCUGUGAAGCUGUUCAUCACAACCUAUUUCUGUCAAUCUCUUAUAUCUUGGUUAAAGACUUUGAAAAUUUGUAAUUCGGUAUAUUUUUUGCCCUAAUAUUAUAAUAUAUUAAUUUGAUUUAGGUUGGGCUGUGGUCUGUAAAUAUAAAUGUUUUUAUUAAACUGGUUCAAAAAUGUCAUUCAUUCAACAAUGAAUUAUUCAUGUCACCACUAAUUUCAAUGGCUCUAGGAAUUCUGAGAAAAAUGCUUAACCCCAUUUUAUGGGUUUUUUGUCUUAUUUUCACAUUAUGGUAGACAAUCUUAACAAUUU